GUGGAUGCUCACAGACUUAGAUAUUAGGGGGCACAAUAUUAGAUCAGGAAGGUCAUUUGUCUCACUCAAAAUUAUAGUUUGAGUUGUCUUUAGGGCCACUCUCUGAAGGUUAGACACGUUAGAUUAGACAAAUAGAGUGCUGAGUGACGGAGCAGCUCGACUAAGUUCUCUAUCUUGACACCACUGUUUGUCGCUUAUCAGAAGCGCUCAGUAUCAAUCCAGCGUUCACGCUGAAAGGUUGUCUGUGGAUAGGGGAUUCUCAGAUUCAGUGUGUUCAUUAUUAUAGGCCUAAGAAAUUUAAUCUUAAUUGUUUUGACAUUACAACCUCCAACUAAUUAAUUAGAAGACUUCAACUACAUUAAUGAAUUUUAACUGUUGAGAAAUAAUUUAUGAAUCAGUCUAAUUUUGAAACUUUUGGUGAUAAAAAUGGUCUCUCCAGUCAGUGCAUUUUUAUUGGCCGCUUCUACACUGAACAUCUGCAAUGGCGCGAAUAUUCUGGGUAUCUUUCCAACGGCAUCUUUUAGUCACCAGCAGCCAUUACUGGCCGUCAGUAGAGCUCUAGCGGCCAGGGGACACAAUCUUACAGUCAUCAACACGAAUCCCAAUAAGACACCAUUGAAGAACUACAGAGAUAUUGAUCUUGGAUUCAUGUACAAGGAAUGGGACGCACUGAAGAAAGCGCACGGUCUAUCGCUUCAAGAACGGAUAAGUCCAUUCAAGAUUGUAUCAGACUUUAAGAAUUUUGUAGAUUUUUUCUGCCAGAAAGUACUUGACUCUCAUCAAAUACAAGACUUGAUUAAAGAAGUGAAUGGUACAACGUUUGACCUGAUCCUGUACGAGAGUCUUAGCUACUCUAGUCUUCUAGGGUUGAGCGAACUGGUGGGCAACCCUCCAAUCGUAGGCCUUAUGACCUUGCACCCCUUCACAAUCAACGAUCUAUACGUUGGAAACCCAGAAAUUCCGUCCUAUAUCCCCUCAGUAGUUCUGCCUUACGAGCAUCGCAUGACGUUCUUCCAGCGUAUGACAAACUUCGCAUUAAACGUCUACUUCCAUUACCAGAGAAUCCGCUAUAUUGAGCCUCUGCAGGAGGUUUUCUUGAAGAGGUAUUUCGGAGAUGUGAAGCACACUGCCUACGAACUGGAACGGAACAUCAGUCUGAUGCUGAUCAGUGGUGACCUGGCCACUUCUUAUCCGAAGCCCGUUCAUCCGAACACUAUCUACAUUGGUCCGGCGCACAUCGAGAAGCCUCCACCUCUACCUCAAGACUUGCAAAAAUGGAUGGACGAGUCUGAGGAUGGAGUCAUCUACUUCAGCCUGGGCAGUAACAUGAAGGGCACUUCGGUGCCGGCUGAGAAGAGGGCCGCAUUUAUUAAGGCAUUCUCGCAAUUCCCCACAUUCAGGGUGCUCUGGAAAUGGGAGAGCGACGAAAAACUUCCCGGGCAGCCCGACAAUGUGCUGGUCAAAAAAUGGCUGCCGCAACAAUCUAUUCUUGCUCAUCCGAAGACGCGACUGUUCAUCAGCCAAGUGGGUUUGCAGAGUUUCCAGGAAGCGACGACAUACGGCGUGCCCAUCCUCGGAAUCCCCAUGUUCGGCGACCAGGACUGGAACGGCGGCAAACUGGUGCAAGCGGGGGCGGGGCGAGUCAUGGAGUUCUACGACAUUGCUUACGACAUUGUCUACGACAAUUUGAAGGAGCUCCUUACAAAUAAAAGCUACAAAGCGAACAUGAUGACGCUGUCAAAGAUUACCAACGACAAACCGAUGCCAGCCGUCGAGACGGCCGUCUGGUGGAUAGAGUACGUGAUUCGUCACCAGGGAGCGCCACACCUCAGGCCAGCCUGCUUUGAUCUCACCUGGUACCAGUACUACAGCCUCGAUGUCAUCGCGUUCAUCCUGGCAGUCAUCCUAGCUGCUAUCACAGUGGCCAUCUAUGCUCUCAAAAUUGUUGUCAGGAAUUUCACCGGUGCUAAAUUAAAGACACAUUAACAAACAAA